UGCGAGCGUAUGUAUUUAUCGUGUUUGUGGUGUGGUGUGAUGGGUCUGGUAGUAACUGACGGAACCGAGAGAUGAGGCUAACUGUAUGAGCUGAAUAAACGUGUUUGUCGGAGAGGGUCGGUCAGGGUCAGAGAUUGAUGGAAGUGCUUAGCAGGUUGACUUUACCCAUUUAUGUUAUUUUUAUAGGAUCUAAUAAAAAUGAGUGGAAUGUAUUGGAAACAGAGACAUUUUACAAUAGGAAUUAUAGGGACAACUCUAGGUUUAGGGGUAGUUUAUUUUUUGCGGAAAUACGGAGAAUAUAAGAUAAAGAAGAUCACCGGUUACGGGUUGAGAACGUUUGGUGAUAGAGUUGUGGUUGUAAAUUCUGCCAGAGAAUGCGAAGUUGUAGCAGAAAAUUUAUUAAGGAAGUGUGCAGAUUUUCGUGUUCUUGGUUUCGACUGUGAGUGGGUAAGCGAUGCUAGAAGACGUAGACCAGUUGCACUUAUGCAGCUAGCAUCGGAGGAUGGUUUUUGUGCUCUUAUUCGACUCUGCCAUAUGAAACAGCUUCCAGAAGGCUUUAAAGAAAUACUUGAAGAUGCUACAAUCUUUAAAGUUGGUGUGGUUCCAUAUGAUGAUGCAGCACACUUAAUGCAGGAUUAUAACAUUAGAGUGAGUGGGUGCCUGGACUUGCGUCAUUUGAUGCGACGAAGUGGCACAUUGUCUCAUGGUGGACUUAGUGGAAUGGCAGAGAAUUUAUUGGGGAUUGAACUUGAUAAAAGUUGGCACAUUCGCUGCAGUGACUGGGAAGUGCCUGUGUUAAGUGCCCAUCAGGUGCAGUAUGCAUCUCAAGAUGCACUGGUCGCUGUUGCCAUAUUCUCUAAAUUAAUCAAGCAUGAAUUGAGACCAUGGUGGCACAUCUGGGGUCCAAAACAACCUAAGUGGUCAAAAGUUGUGGAGUUGUGCCAAAACUAUAUUGAUGUCAAAUACAAAGACAAGCCCAAACAAGGAAAAAGUGCUCAUGCUACACCACAGGAUGGAAGUGGUCAAGUUCUGUCACAGGCAAAUAGGCAUAUUAUCAAACCAGGAUCACGUGCAUACUCUACACGGCAGAAGCCCCUGUAUGAUAACUGUAUUCUCCAAGCCCCUGAUGGAGAAGUCCUCAGCACUUGUGACCACAAGAAAGCUGAAUGGUACUUGUUGAAGAAGUUGGGAGUAAAAGUCUGUGAUAAUCCACUGACUGUUCAACUCAACUUUGAGCCAUCAGGACGAGCUGUGGAUGAAGUUGGACAAUACUACACACAGGAAAAGGCUAAUCAUUGUGUAGUGUGUGGAAGCAACAAGUCAUAUAUUCGAAAGAAUAUUGUUCCUCGUGAAUACCGGCGACAUUUUCCUGUUGUGAUGAAGGACCACAUUUCACAUGAUGUUCUCCUGCUUUGUCUUGACUGCCACCUGAAGAGCAACAGUUUUGAUGUGAUGCUGCGUCAACAGCUUGCAGUUGAAUGCAGUGCACCAAUCGGUCGCUAUGAUGAUGUUAAGAUGCUUGAUGUGCCAGAUCUAAAGUGUGUUCGCUCUGCUGCACGUGCAUUGCUAUCAUCAGGUAGAAACGCAAUUCCUCUUAUGCGUAGGAAAGAGCUUCAGGAGAUUGUGCUGCAGCAUUUUGGCGUUGAAAGUGGCACAGAACUUACAAGAGACAUGCUGCAGAAGGCAAAUGAUGUUGUAGUCAGUGUGAUGAAUGGAAACUACAAGCCGCAUGGUCUGCGGGUGGUGAUGUACUUCUCAGACCCCAAGAAUGGUGGCUUAAUGUAUUUAGAACAGAGAUGGAGGGAGCACUUCCUUGCAACCAUGUGUCCACACUACCUUCCUGCACUGUGGUCCGUACAACACAAUCACCAGCGUCUGAAGCAGCGUAUUCAUCAGGGUCAUAUCCAACCAGAAGAAGUUGGUUUUGCUGGCAUUAAACUGGAUUAAUUGUGAAACAACUUAAAUUUUUAUCAUUUCUGUGGGUACUGUAUUUCUAUUUCGUGUAUAUUUUUUAUGCAAAUAA